UAACCAGGAGAUGAAUUGAGAGUUAUGGCUGACACUGGGGGGCCCUCUCUGCUGAUUGUCGAGGUUCACUGCUCAGCUCCCGAGCUCCUUGCCCGGAUUGAACGUAUGGAAAGACGGAUGCAGCUGGUGAAGAAGGAUAACGAGAAAGAGAGACACCGGCUGUUCCAAGGGUACGAGACCGAAGAGAGGGAGGAGCAGGAGCUGUCUGAGAAGAUCGAACUCGAGUGCCAGCCGGACCUCUCGGAGCCGUCCCAGAGCCUUCCCCCCAAGCCUUUCUCCUACAGCCGGAGCGGAAAAGGCCACAAAAGGAAAUCAGCAUUUGGAAGCGCCGAGAGAAAGACUCCAGUGAAAAAACUGGCAGCUGAAUUUUCAAAAGUCAAAACAAAAACUCCUAAGCACUUGCCGCUGAAAGAGGAGCCCUCUUUAACCGAGGCCGUUUGCCGACGGGAGCUGCGGAGCCAAGAGACUCCUGAGAGAGGCCGCUGUCUGGCGGACCCCUCCCUGAAGCCCUCCCCCCCGCUGAAGGGGCUCGGCGGCGGCUACUCCAAGGAGCCGGCCUUCCCCAGCGAGAUCGAAGAGCUGCCAUACCUCUCCACCACUGAAAUGUACCUGUGUCGCUGGCACCAACCGCCCCCGUCACCGCUCCCGUUGCGGGAGCCCUCUCCCAGGAAGGAGGAGUCUGUAGCAAGGUGCCUGGUGCCGUCGAGCGCUGCCGGAGAAACGUCCGUCUUGGCCGUUCCUUCUUGGAGGGAUCACUCCGUGGAGCCCCUGCGAGAGACGAGCCCUUCGGAAGUCUUGGAGAACCUGGACGACAGCGUGUUUUCUAAGCGGCAUGCAAAACUGGAGCUGGACGAGAAGAGAAGGAAGAGAUGGGAUAUUCAGAGGAUCAGGGAACAAAGAAUCCUACAGCGAUUGCAGCUCAGAAUGUACAAAAAGAAAGGAAUUCAGGAAUCUGAGCCGGAGGUUACCUCAUUUUUCCCUGACCCGGACGAUGUUGAAAGUUUGCUGAUCACCCCCUUCCUGCCUGUUGUAGCAUUUGGACGACCAUUACCCAAACUAACCCCACAGAACUUCGAGCUGCCCUGGCUGGACGAGCGCAGCCGCUGCCGGUUGGAGAUCCAAAAGAAGCAAACGCCUCACCGGACCUGCCGGAAAUAGCGGCCCGGGAGAGACGGCUCCGGGUGUGUGUUGGGGGGGGGUGGGGCAGGUGGAGCCGGCCGAGAGAGCCAGUCAGGAGCUCCCGCCAUCCUCACGUAUAUCGCCUUUCACGGAGAAUCCCCUUCCAUGCUUUUGGGUUUUUGCUAUCGUCCCCUUGUUCUGUUUUCACAAAGCGUCUUCUCCGGGCUACUUGCGUCCUGCGGGUUUUUUGUUUUUGUGUUUCCCUCCCAUUCUGGAGAGCGAUAACAGGCGGCACCCCCGGGGCGGGUUUGGCCCUGGCUUGUGGCCAUCCGAGCGGCCCGUGCAUGGUGUGAGCAGGCCCGGGAGGGUGUGGGCCCACCUGCCUUCUGGCCGAGGUGCUUUUUUCCCCCCCAUAAACCAUGUCAUUAACGGCUCAGGGCCCGGGCGAGGGGUGUGGGUGAUUCGAAGGGGGCCGAUGACAGUCAGCCGCGUUUUCCCCUCCGUCCCCACCCUGCCGGCAGGGCCGUGAGGCCUUCUGGAGCGGACAGAACAGGGUCAGCACCCUGCCUGCCCUGGGGCUUUCACAACCGUGUAUUCCCGAUGGCCACACCUUUCUGGGGUCACGGAAGGCCCCUGAGGGGGAGGAAGUAGCUUUCACGAGCUCUGUACUGGUGCCACCUAGGUUCCCCGCCUGUCCCCAUCCCCCUGUGCCCGGCGGGCCGUUAUCCUGUGACAGCAGAAUCCGAUACGCACAACGCGGUUCCCUUUUCCCGCGCAUUUCACUACAACCCUGCCUAGCGGUUUAGAGCCGGCCGAAGGGCCGCCGCAGCCCUCUGCUCCAGCACCGGCUGUUGCUGCGGAAUGGGAAACGGCCUUCACGGCCGUGGCCCGGGUUCCGGGGGAAGGUACGCUUCCCCUUCCCUGGAGAGGAGAUGGGGCGUGCCCGUGCCAGCUACCAUUUGGGGCACGGUGCCAGACCCAGCUCCGGGGGGGGAUCAGUUCAGCACCCCAGGAUCCCUUGGGCAAGACCCAGCUGGUUCCCCCAGUUUUAACGGGAAAGAACCGGGCGGCGUGGGCACCCUACGCCCGGGCAGGGCGGGGUGGCGGUCUUUGUUCGGUGAUGCUUCCUCUCCUAUAACCGUUCUUCCAUCUGCCCGGGAGGAGGAGGAGGAGGAGGAAGAAGGGAGGGCUUGGGUGGAGAGCCAGCUGCCCACACUGCAGCGGCGAAGGUGAACGCAGCGAGGAAGCCGGAGCGGACCGGCCGCUUCCACCAGAGCGAUGGCCGCAGCAGAGCUGACCUUCUUUUCCCCUUUUCCUCUCUCCUUCCUCCGUCCUUUCAGUCUCUAAGACGACUUAGAUCGCGCGCGCUGCGUGGCUCCAGCGCGAAUUCUCGAACUUCCCCCGAAGGAAGAGCGAUAAAAGGGAGCGGGGCCUCUGCUUUGUCCUUCCCUUUCUCUAUCCCAGCACCUCCCGUCCAAGGCAGCGGCUCAAACCUCUUCCUCUUGGAUUCCCGCCGGCCUUCCCCGCGCCACACGCGUUUUCAGCGGUAAAUUUCUGGGGUCAAGCGAUCCCGUCCCGUGUGGGGGCCGUGGGACGCGGCGGAGCAGGACGGGCCGGGAUAUUAGUGAGGGAUAGUCUUAUUUCUCCCUUUAAGGGAUUCAACACUGUGAAAUUCAAUCUCCAACCGCGGCCCCUGCCUGCGCUUCUCCCCUCCAACCUAGUCCUCCGUUCUAAUCUCUCGCUUUAACCGAGUUUAAAGUCGCGUUACUAAAUGAAAGGAAAGGCCCGUCCGUCCCCUCCAGGUUUCGUGGGAAGCCCACCUCACCCGCCGUCGUCUGUGUUGUAAUUCAUACUUUUGAUACCAUUUCUGAUGUGUAAAAUUGGUUGUCUUGUAAAUAUCUUAUAUAAAAAGGUUCAACUGUAAAUAAACUAUCGUGGCUGUUAAUUUUUUUUUUUUUUUUGAAUUUUUCCUUUGGUUUGUUAGGUUUUAACAGUGUUAACGGGCAGUAUUAAACAGUUCUGCUUGUAUGUUAAAAAAACAUUGAAUCAGUUUUUUACAAUAAAACAGAAAACCAGA